AUACCUUCGGUCUCCUCCGUCUGUCCGUCGCCCAUCCGGCCGCCUCUUCUCCCACCAGCCGCCGCUGCCGCACGUUAGCUCCUCCUGCAUCGUCGCCGGACCUCCGCUACGCCCCCGUGCAUCCCUGCCUUGGCAGGCAGGAUCUGGCCACCUUUCGCCGGCAACAGUUGGGCGCCGCAUAGGUAACCGCCUACCCCCGAGGCAAGGCAGUACCCCGUCGCCCAGCGUAUAAGCGCGGAAGGAGGGCGCGGAAUAGCGCCUUUUCUAACACUAAUGGCAACGGCGGCGGCGGAUGGCCCCCCUGUGGAACCGCAGUCUCUGAAGAAGCUGAGCCUCCGGUCGCUCAAGCGGUCCCUGGACCUCUUCGCCCCGGCGCACGCCCUCCUCUUCACGCCCGACGCCGAGAGCAAGCGGAUUCGUACUGGGUGCAAGGUGAGUGCGGAGUACGGUGCGGUGAAGGACCUCACGCCGGAGCAGGGGCGCGGUGGGCAGGGCAAGGGUCCUGCGCCGCCAUCUUCAACAGCUUUGGCAUUGCCAGGAACACAAGAUACAAAAGAUGCUCACGGAGAAGGCUCUAGGAAUGCCAUUGUCCCUGCACCACUUAUGCUGCCAAAAGCACCUGAAUCUACCAUACCUGGCAAAAAUACAACUCUGUCAAUUCCUGGAUCAUCUGACAGAUUUUCUACAUCCGCACUGAUGGAAAGGAUACCUAGUAGAUGGCCACGGCCUACAUGGCAUGCUCCUUGGAAGAACUAUCGGGUCAUCAGUGGUCACUUGGGAUGGGUUCGAUCUAUUGCAUUUGAUCCAGCGAAUGAAUGGUUCUGCACUGGUUCUGCCGAUAGGACAAUAAAGAUAUGGGAUCUUGCAUCAGGAACCCUGAAGCUUACACUGACUGGUCAUAUUGAGCAAAUUCGUGGACUUGCUGUCAGCCAACGUCACACUUAUUUAUUUUCUGCUGGUGAUGACAAACAAGUAAAAUGUUGGGAUCUUGAACAAAACAAGGUUAUUAGGUCCUACCAUGGGCAUCUGAGUGGUGUUUACUGCCUAGCUCUCCAUCCAACAAUUGAUAUCUUACUGACUGGUGGCCGGGAUUCAGUUUGCAGGGUGUGGGACAUCAGAACAAAAGCACAUGUUUCUGCUUUAACAGGGCAUGACAACACUGUCUGUUCAGUGUUUGCUCGUCCUACGGAUCCUCAAGUUGUUACUGGUUCACAUGAUACAACUAUUAAAUUCUGGGAUCUUGUAGCUGGGAGGACUAUGUGUACCCUUACUCACCAUAAAAAGUCUGUCCGAGCUAUGGCGCUUCAUCCAAAGGAGAAAGCAUUUGCAUCAGCAUCAGCAGACAACGUAAAGAAGUUUAACCUUCCCAAAGGCGAAUUUCUGCACAACAUGCUGUCGCAGCAGAAAACAAUAAUCAAUUCAAUGGCUGUAAAUGAGGAUGGUGUCUUGGCAACUGGAGGGGAUAAUGGAAGCCUGUGGUUUUGGGACUGGAAGAGUGGUCAUAACUUUCAACAAGAUCAGACUAUAGUCCAGCCUGGAUCACUGGAGAGUGAGGCAUGCAUAUAUGCCCUCUCAUAUGACGUGAGCGGAUCAAGGCUUGUGAGCUGUGAGGCGGAUAAGACUAUAAAGAUGUGGAAAGAGGACUUGACAGCGACGCCAGAGACUCAUCCCAUCAAUUUCAAGCCCCCAAAGGACAUCCGAAGAUAUUGAUGCUCAAAUCCCACAAGUAGCAAGCUAGUGGAUGGUUGGAGCCUCCACAAUUGUGUGACCCAAACUCGCUUCUUCCCUGAGCCCAAUUGAAAUUUUGCUAGGGUUUGCUCUAUUGUGUAAUCUGAUGCAUGUACUCCACCAGUCUGAUGCCUUGGUCCAACGCUUUGAAACCCUUAGACUGUUUCUUUGUGAUCUUUGCGUUCGAUUUGAUUAUAUCCUACCUUAG